CCAUCUGAAGGAUAGCACAAGAUAUUUUGGUCUUCAAGAUGUCAGAGGCUUCUAUUAUUCAACCAUAUGGCCUAGCGUUAGAACUAUUGUGAUGAGAAAUGUACAGGUUGUACAGUAAUAGACACGAUGUAGUUAUAAAGAUUGAAAGAAUCAAGUACUUGUAUCACGUGGAUUAGCUACCGUUAGCUCCAAAACUACGCAGCUAAGUUACUUGGACAGCUCUUUCAAGUUGGUUCCUGACAGGUCAGCUUACAACAGCUAACUUCAUGAACUAUGUGAACUAACCAAGAGUGCUGAUUAAGGAGCUCCCUGCAACCCUCUGGUGUUGCAGGUUGCUCUCAUGUACCCAUGGAGAAGGUAGUCUUUGAGGGGUGGUUGGAGUCCAUUUCUGCUACUUUCGUUACUCUAAAUGACCAGGAGCGCAACCAGUCUCUAGACCAUCUCAUAUCAUUAAGUGGUGCUGCCCAGCUCCGUCAUCUGUCAAAUGGCCUGGAGACACUGCUCAAGCGUGACUUCUUGCGUCUCCUUCCUCUGGAGCUUGCCUUCUACUUGCUACACUGGCUGGACCCUCAGACUCUCCUCACCUGCUGCCUGGUCUGCAAGCAGUGGAAUAAGGUAAUUAACUCUUGUCCAGAAGUGUGGCAGAGUGUGUGUCGGGAGGUUGGCUGGAGGAUUUAUGAGGCCAUUCAGGAUGCACCACACUGGAAGGGAGUCUACCUGAAGGCCAAACUGCGUAUGACGCAGCUGAAAGAACAGGAGGCCUUUGAGACAUCAUCCCUCAUUGGUCACAGUGCUCGAGUAUAUGCCCUCUACUAUAAAGAUGGCCUCCUCUGCACAGGAUCUGAUGACCUCUCAGCCAAAUUGUGGGAUGUGCGCACUGGGCAGUGCAUUUAUGGAAUUCAAACACACACCUGCGCUACAGUGAAGUUUGAUGAACAGAAGCUGGUGACUGGGUCAUUCGACAACACUGUUGCAUGCUGGGAAUGGAGCAGUGGGUCUAAAAUCCAACAGUUCCGUGGCCACACAGGAGCAGUCUUCAGUGUGGACUACAAUGAUGAGCUGGAUGUACUGGUCAGCGGCUCUGCAGACUUCAUGGUGAAGAUUUGGGCUUUGUCUGCUGGUGCCUGUCUCAACACGCUGACUGGGCACACUGAGUGGGUGACUAAGGUGUUACUCCAGAAAAGUGAAGUAGAAUCUAUGAUGCACAGUCCUGGUGACUAUAUCCUCCUUAGUGCUGAUAAGUAUGAAAUUAAGGUCUGGCCUUUAGGAAGAGAAAUCAACUGCAAGUGUCUGAAGACACUGUCAGUGUCAGCGGACCGCAGCAUCAGCCUUCAGCCUCGCCUGCAGUUUGAUGGACGCUACAUCGUCUGCAGCUCUGACCUUGGAGUUUAUCAGUGGGACUUUGCUAGUUUUGAGAUUCUCAGUCAUUACUUUGCACCUCUUAACUGGAUGGUUGAGGCCUUUCACUUUCCAUGAAGCCACUUUGAAGUUACUGUACCCCCUAACAAUAUUCCAGUGUGCUGGCAACAUAAAGAAUAGAGUGCAAAACUAAAAGGUAAUUUCAACAACACUAGUGUUGAACCAGUGUAACAUUGACUUCUUACUGCCCUAUCAUCAUUACUAAUCGGCCCAUUUGCUGGGGGAGAAUAAUUCCGAACCAAGGGAGAAGGGUCGAUUUGUGUAUCCAUCUUAACUGUUUAGGCGGUGAUAUCUCGUGAGAGCAGAGGGCAUAUAUUUCAUACUUGCUGUCGAAGGAAAUCUUUGAGUCUCUGUUGGACUCGUGUGGUGCGGUGUCUGUCUUUUCUGCUCCAAUGUGGGCCUUGUGCGAGCCUUGCGAGUCUUCAGAAAGUUGGCCAUGAACAUUAACAUUAAGCUUCCAUCUGCCCUCCCUAAAUCCUGUAUAUAUGGAUGUUGUUACGGCGCCAUCUUCUUUCUAGGUCUGGGAUUUUUGCUUGGAGGAGCUGCUGUUGUUUGAGAGAAUCAAGCAGAGCAUCCCAUAACUCUGUUAGCUGUUUUUUUUGCUCCAUUUAAGUUACCCUCAUUCCAUGGUUGCGAACGUCUCUGACCACACUUCUGCAAAUUCUGAUUUAUUUCCGUCGUGAAGGUACUGAAUUCCUAUCAUUCUUAAAGUAGUCCUUGAAGUCCAUCCAGUCUUGGUUCAGUUCUGUUUUCAGGUUUUGGAUGACUCUGCCCAAGUUUUUGAUAGCUACAGUGGUGGUGAGCUCCCCCUCCACACUGGUACCCGGCUUGUCCGCCACCCCAACACCGUCGUUCCCUGUUUUCUUCUAUCUUUCUUGUUUCUAGCCCCACUCAUUCUAGAUGAUUUAAACUCCUGUAAUCAAAAUAUUCUCAUUUAAGUGCUUUUUUUAUUUUUCUUACCGGGAGAGUGUAUUCCACCAUCUUGAAUUGCUCACCGGAAGUCCGGACGGGAUGUUAUAUCCACGUUAUAUCGGCAUGUCUUUCAUUUCUAUCGAGGAAAAGUUAUACCUCGAUAAUUAUUGAUAUCGUUUUAUCGCUCAGCCCUAGUUCUAACCUGAUCAUGAAGCAGCUGAUAAUCAUUGUGCAGGGGCAGAGAGUAGUGAAAAUACUUAACGGCUGGUUCAUGUUAAAAUGCUCUGCUCCUCUUAUCGCUGCCUCUUUGUUUGUGUCGCUCUGUGUGAUUGUGUAUGUAAACUCCACCUCGCUCCCAGUCUGAGUGAGUCUUUGAGCGCACACACAAAAAAAUUCGCUCGAUCCUGGUAUUUAACAUGAUAGUCUAUACGCUUAUAAGAUUGUUUUUUAAAUGGGGACAUAUUUUUAAGUCAAACUGAUGCGCCUAGUUAUUAAAUUAAGUUGCAAUGUCUCCAAAAAUGUGUUGAUAUCAUUGAUAUGUUUGAUACAUCUACAUCUAAAAUAUGAGACUUUAGUCGUAUUACGACACUCUAAUAAGGAGUUGUGUGUCUUCAGCAUAAGGGGGGUAAGGGAUGUCAUAAUAUUCUAUAAUAUGAGCCAGAGGGACCAUGUAGUCAGUAAGGUUUGAACUUUAAUGAUCUUUCCCAAAAAUGGCAGGUUUGAUAUCGGCCUGUAGUUGGUUAUGCAUUUAGGAGAGGUUUGAUAACCACAGUUUUCAAAGUCUCUGGGAAAUUCCCUGAUUGUUUAGUGUAAGCUGCUAAAUAGUUGAAAAAGUUAUUAGUCGGGAAAUCCCGACUAAUCCCCGAAUAAGGGAUGCCUCAGCAGCCAUUGAGUCAAAAGAGCCGCUUAUCGUCCUGGAUCGGGAAUAGGUUGGAAAUCCGACCUUCGAGUUCAACAAUUUUUUGACUCAGCCGAAGGCAUCCAGUGCAGUCUGGAGGAGAGGUAAGUAGUGGCACUGAUGUGUGCUGUAACGGAACCCAUUGUUGAUGAGUGAGUUGCCAGGUGCAGAUCUACAGUGAGCGGCCAAUGAGACAAACAAGCUCAGUUGUUCAGUAAACUCACCUCUUACAUUUCCUUCAGUGUUUUAACUUAAUACAAACUCACUUAACUUAAAAUUAUGAAUGCUUCUACAUGUUCAUUUGGGUAUUUGGCAUGUCUACAGACCCAAAAACUGUGGAAAAAAACAUCUCUUGCGAUUUGUUAUUGUUCUUCUUCGUCAGAAACGUCAUGCUUGAGUGACUGCGAAUGCGCUUCCGUAUCAAUCUCUCGUCACAAUGAAAUGGGAGUCUCUCUUACAUGGCCUUGCACCACCCUUUAGGGAUGACGAGUAAGCCAAAAUCUUUGGAGCGCAGUGCUCUAGUGGGGUGAUAUGGUACUCUGAGCUCUUUAAGGUACGAUGAUGCCAUAUUAAGGGCAUGUAGGUGAGGAGAAGAAUUUAAGAUUUUAUUUUAAAUACAUCAGGGUUAGGGUUAGCUCUAAGGGUUAGCUCUAACCCUAACCCUAACCCAGUGUAGUGAAGCUAAUACAGGAGAAAUAUAAAAAUAUAAAGUCCAAUGGAUCAUAUGAGUCAAUGUUGUGAUGAAGCCUUGUUUCAGCCAAUGUGUUGAAUUUUUUUUUAGUGUAGCUUUUUUGGUCAUUAGUGUGGUUUUAUGUUUAUGUAAAUACCGUUUCUUAGUCUAAUUUGGAUUAUGUUUUUAUCAACCUAUCUUUCUUGACGUUUAGAUGUUAUGAUCUUUAUUGUUUUGUUGGCUGGAUAGCUGUAAGGCUUGAUUGAUUUCAAGGUGACUGGUCUUAACUGAGGUAUGUGCUUAGUGUCAUUCUAGUUUUAUGUUUUAAAUUGUUUCUUUCCAACAACAUUUUAUUCUAAUGCUGUAAAUACUCCUAUUUUUCUUAUGUUCUCCAUAACACGUGGCAUCUAUUGCACUUUGUCCAUCCUGGGAGAGGGAUCCCUCACAUGUGGCUCUCUCUGUGGUUUCUAAAUUUCUUCCUCCCCUGUUAAUAGUUUUCUUUGUAGUUUUUCCUUACUCUUUUGGAGGGUUAAGGGCAGAGGAUGCUGUACCUUGUUAAAGCCCUAUGAGAUAAAUUGUGGUUUGUAUAUAUGGGCUAUACAAAUAUAAUUUGAUUGAUUGAUUGGUCAUUCUGGAAUUCAAGUCUGUGAGGAUUUCAAAUGGGAUCUAUUUAAGUUAUUUUGGAAAGGUUUGGUGUCUUUUUAUAAUUUGAUUUAGAUUUAAAUUCUAGACCCACGAAAAGGUCUGUUGCGUGAAGCAUUUAAUUCCAGUAGAGUCAAUGGUUAGCUGUGGUUGUUUAUUUUUUGUGCGUUUUGUUUAAAAUGUAAUUUAAGAUUAGGAUCUCUGCUGAGUUAAAGGUUUAAAAAAAAAAAAAUUGAAAAGUUUGCCAAGUUCAGGGACAAUUAGAGAUAUUUAAUGUAUCAAGUGUUUUUAUUUCAUAUUUCUAUAUGCCUCCAAGGCUAAAUUAAACUUUUGUAAACGUUGGCAUUUAUGUCAGUUCUUCAGAAAACCCUCAGAUCUUAGGCAAAGGCACACUCAUGCAGGUAGGGAAAUUUAACUUCUGCUUUUGACCCAUCUGGUGCAGGACACACAGAGCAGUGAGCGACCAUGUACGGCGCUCGGGGAGCAGAUGUUUGGGGAGUAAGGUGCCUUGCUCAGGGGCACUAGACAGGGUAGGGAGUCUCUUGGAUUUUUGGACAGAUCAAUCAAGGUUCGUCUUUUGUUGUCUCUCCGUGGAGUCGAACCAGAGAAGAACCAGAGACCUUCUCUGCCCAUAGUCCAAGUUUCUGCCACUAGACCACCGCCUCUCUUGGGCAAGAGAUGCUGAACACCGAAAUGCCCCUCAUAGAACUAAAACGUGUUCAUAAUAGAUGGACUGUAUGAAUGUGAGUGUGAAUAGCAAACGGUAAGGUUCAGCGUUUGGAGUGGUUAUCAAGAAUAGAAAAGUGCUAUAUAAAUAAAUACCAUUUAUAAAGGUAGUCAGUCAUUUUUGUCCAAGUGUCAAGUUAAUAUGAGGGACAUGUGUUUGAAGUGACUACCGCAGUUCGUUGUCUAAGUUUACUGUUCAUGAUGGUGUUUAAUCGUUGAGAAUUUACUAAUUUAAAACAAAAUCCAUUUUAAGACCAACAAAUAUAUGUCAGAUGACCCAAUUAAAUAUGUUGCAGUGAUGGUUGUAACCAUAACCUGUUAUUGAGAGUCUUAAUUCAUGAACCAUUUGGUUAAAUGAGAUUAAAUUUAUCAAUCCUUGACCUACCACUAAUUUAUGUCGGUGACCAGUUGCUCUCUGGAAAUGCCCUAGAAAAUGAUUUCUUCAAAAGAGUGAUACCCAGAUAAAUUUUUCCAUCCAAGAAGUAAUUAACCUCCAGAACCUAAAACCUGAAAUCAAUUAGAGUAUUUUAAUGAAAAUUAUAUUGACUAAUAACUCUCCACUAUUAUAAUGUAAUUUUGUAAAUGCAAACAAAAACCUUAAUCCAGUUUUCCUAAUUUCUGGAAUAAUGGAUUUGGACAAGAACCUUUCUAAUAUAUAACAUACUGCUCCCAGCUCCUAAUCCAGCAUGUUUUGCCAUUUCCAGGGUGAUCAAAGCACAGGAUCCAGCCAACCUGUCCUUGCUCAGCUUUGGUGAGGUGUUUGCGCUCCUUUUUGAUAACCACUACCUGUAUGUUUUGGACCUGAGGACAGAGUUGAUCUCAGGUCGCUGGCCUCUACCAGCCUACAG